AUGGGACAUGUCCUCUCAAGCCAAGGAAAGUCAAGCCGCGCGAGAUGGGGGUAUGCUGAACCGUUCGCCAAUGCCACAUGGCUGAGAAACAUGUCUCUCCAUCCAAGAGAAACUCAGUCCACAUGGCACACUGUCGAAUCGAUAGCGUCCUUGCGAGCAGAGGGAACACUGUGCCACGCUCGCCAUUUCGCCAUGCCAAUGUACCGCCAGAGCGAGAAGCUGACAAUCCACGGGGGCAGGCGAGACCACUUCGUAGUUCGUACGUACGUGAUGAUGGCCCCGUGGCCGCAAGUGUCGAUUCUAGCAAGGCGGUAUGGCAGCGACGGUCAACAUGAGCGCGCAAUCGCAGAAACUGCGGUGGGGGUCCAGGUAAAUUCGUUCAUCACUUUGGGGCCAUCUCCUACCUGGGCAGUGAUGCCCAUCUUGAUGCGCGACAGUGAGUCGCAGUGUGGUGUGGAUGGAGGGCUUUUGGAGGGGCGGGACGGGAUGGAGAUGGAUGGAUGGCGGGGACAGGGGGAGGCCACUAGAAAGUCAUGA